AUGCCCGGCAAGACGGCCUCCCACCCGCGCAUCACCAAGUUCACGAACUGCCGGCUGGUGCGCGGCUCUGAGCUCGUCGAGCAGGACCUCUGGAUCGACUCGCUGUCCGGCAAGAUCCUCAAGGACCAGGAGGCCUUUUAUGAACUGCUCCUCUCCCCCGACGAGAUUAUCGAUCUGGGCGGCCGCAUUCUGGCCCCCGGUCUGAUCGAUGUGCAGCUGAACGGCGCGCAGGGCUUUGACUUCUCGGUGCCCUGCGAGACCAAGGAGGAGUACGAUGAGGGCAUGCGCAUGGUCAAUCACGGUCUGGCCCGCACCGGUGUGACGUCCUACCUGCCGACGGUGAUUAGCUCCACGCCCGAGGUCUACUGGAAGGUGUUGCCUUCUCUGGGCCCCUCUGCGAGUACUCUCCGCCCCGAAGACGGCGCCGAGUCCCUGGGUGCACACGUCGAGGGCCCCUUUCUCAGCGCCGGCCGCAAUGGCAUCCACAAGCCCGAAGUGCUGCGCGCCGCUCAGAACUUGGAGGAUCUGUUGCAUUGCUACGGCGCCGAGCAUCUGAACACCCCGGGCCCCAUCAAGAUGAUCACCGCCGCCCCGGAGGUGGGCAACAUGAUGUCGCAGAUCCCCGAGAUCACAAAGCGCGGAAUCAUCUUCUCCAUUGGUCACUCAGACGCCACUUACGAACAGGCUGUGUCGGCCACGCACCAGGGCGCGCGCAUGAUUACCCACCUUUUCAACGCCAUGCGGCCCUUCUACCACCGCAACCCGGGCAUCUUCGGUCUACUGGGCCAGAGUGAGCGGCGCCGCCCGUUCUACGGGGUCAUUGCCGACGGCAUCCAUCUGCAUCCUACCUCCAUCAAGAUCGCAUACAACGCGCAUCCGGACGGGCUGGUGCUGGUCACGGAUGCAAUGCGCCUCUGUGGGUUGCCGGAUGGUGUGUACGACUGGACCAACGGCGAGCGCAUUGUCAAGACCGGUGCUCGGCUGACCCUGGAGGGAUCCGAUAAGAUUGCUGGCAGCUCGGCCACGCUCAUCGAGUGUGUGAACAACUUCCGUCGCUGGUCGGGUUCCUCCACGGCGGACGCGAUCAAUGCCGUCACGGCCACGCCGGCACGCUUGCUGGGCCUGCAGGGCGUCAAGGGGUCGCUGGAGAGCGGCGCCGAUGCCGAUCUAGUUGUGCUGGGUGAAAAGGAGGACGUUGACUCGGGUCGGACACUGACGGUUGACCAGGUGUGGAAGCUUGGGGUCAAAAUCCAUGAUACCGAGAAGGCGGCGGCGAUUUGA